AGGUGGCACAGCUCCAGCUGGGACCAGAGAGGGGUGGGGACAGGGCGAGGCGGGCUUCCUGGUGGGUCCACUGCCCCAUGGCCGGGAGGACCACGGAGGUGCGGGGGAGGCCACUCCCGGCCCAGCCACGGGCGCUGCUGCUCCUGCUGCUGCUCCCGCUCCUGCGAGGGGGCGCGGGGGAUGAGCCCACCUACCCCGUGUGGGACGCGGAUGCGCAGGAGUGGCUGCUGUGCCGCCGGUGCCCCCCGGGCACCUUUGUGCACCGGCCCUGUGGCCGGGGCCGCCCCACGGCGUGCCACCCGUGCCCGCCGCAGCACUACACGCAGUUCUGGAACUACCUGGAGCGCUGCCGCUACUGCAACGUCUUCUGCGGGGAGGACGAGGAAGAGGCGCAGCCGUGCUCUGCCACCCACAACCGUGCCUGCCGCUGCCGCCCCGGCCUCUUCGAGCUCUCGGGCUUCUGCCUGGAGCACACGCCCUGCCCGCCAGGCUACGGCGUGGUCACUCCCGGCACCCCCACCCAGGACACACAGUGCCAGCCGUGUCCCCCGGGUACCUUCUCUGCCACCAGCUCUGCCUCAGAGCGGUGCCAGCCCCACCGCAACUGCACGGCCCUGGGCCUGGCCCUCAACGUGCCAGGCUCACCGGCCCACGACACCAUGUGCACCAGCUGUGCGGGCUUCCCUCUCGGCGCGCCAGAGACCGGGCCGCCGGGCAACUGGAGCGGGGCAGGGACCGAGGAGUGUGAGCGAGCCCUCGUGGACUUCCUGGCCUUCCAGAACGUCUCCGUCCGGAGGCUCCUGCAGCUGCACCAGGCCCUGACCGGCCUGGGGACGUGGAGUCCACCGCGAGCCCCACCUCCACCGUGGGAGGACCGCGUGGCUUUGCAGAGGCGGCUGUGGCAGCAGCUCACAGAACUGCGCGAGGCCCGGCCCGGGGCGCUGGCCGCGGAGCUGCUGCGGGCCCUGCAGGCGGCCCGCAUGCCCAGGGCAGAGCGCGCUGUCCGGAAGCAGUUCCUGCCGGCCCCCUGAGCCCCACCCUAUUUAUUGUUCCUGAGUCUGCACCGAGUU